GUGAAUUCUUUAAUGAAAUUAGAUGUUUGAACUACAGGUGGAACAGUAAACUAUAAAAGCGGAUCAGGUUAUCUUGUUAAUUUUAAACAACAUUUGAACAUUUUCUGUUAAUGUAAGGAUCAGACGAGUAUUCCAAACAUAACUGCUUUAUUGAGACUUAUGUAUGCAAUAGUAGCAAUUGUGACAUAACGACUUACAAUGAGCGUUUUCUCUGUCAAAUUAUUUGACGACUUUACAAAAUGUCAAAAUAGUAGUAAAUUAACUGGUUAUUAAAAUUUUUAAUUCACGUUAUAUUUGGUUUAAAUCCGAUGCAAAAUGUCGCAACUGCACGCCAAGAAAGUCCUUCAAUACAAAGAACGUUUCAAGAAGGAAGCAGAAGAACUACUACUGACAGGUUUCCCCUCAACCAUACUCAAACUCAAUGCUUUAAUAGUGACCCCCAAAUUCAAAAAACGAGAUUUUAGCGACAUGCAUGAAAAUCUGACCUCGUUGUCCAAGUCAGAUUUGUGUGUAGACCUCGAUUUAGACAAAGGCGACUCCGUUCCUCAAGCAAAGAGACCAAAAUAUGACGACAGUGCUUGUCAAACCAAAGUUUCAUGCCGACUACUGCAGACCAACAGGUUUUUAAUAGAUUUAAUCGAAACAGUCAAACCUCCCAUGAUCAAACUCGUUGAAGACGCAAAAAUAAUGAAGAUGUGGAUCUCGUACAUGAUUCCAAAAAUCGAAGACGGAAAUAACUUUGGAGUCGAAAUACAAGAGGAAACGCUAGCGUUGGUGCAUGCUGUGGAAACGUGUGCCGCUCUCUUCUACGAGAGAAUCUCCAGAUACUUCUGCUCUAGAGCCAAGGUUAUAAAAAAUAUUAUCAAGUAUCCAGACGUGGAGGACUACAAGAGAGCCGUACAAGAACUCGACGAAAAAGAAUAUGUCUCGUUUUGUCUAGUGAUGUCCGAUAUUAGAAACCAUUACUGUUCUUUGCAUGACGUGUUUUUGAAAAAUUUGGACAAGCUGAAAGCGCCGCGAACCCAUCAUCCUACAGAAUCCUUGUACUAAACAACUAACAAAAAGACAGCUUAUAAUAAAGAUCUUUUAGUACAUAAAUAACAAAUUAUAAUUUA